GGCGGCACAUUCAUUACUCACUAGUCAUCCAUAUUCUCUGUUGAAUCAUCGAAAAUGGCGGGUCUUGGUAAGAAGAAGCUUCAAAGGAAGGCAAAACAAGCUGAAAAGCGAGCAGCAAAGAAGGAAAGCAAUCAAGGAGAAGAAGAACAACCUUCAUCUUCUUCCUCAAAUCCUGGAAAUAGUAUCAGUAAUGUUCAACUUCUGCCACCUGAUGGAUGGUUUUCACAGCUGAAGAAUGAUGUUCUUGAUUGUGGGCCCAUUGGAAAUGUAGUGGAUGGUCUCUUAAGAAAUACUGUUCGUAUGACUGUUGAAUUACGAGCUUCUAGAUUUGGUUCUCUUCCCUUACUUCUUGGCAAGAAUCUCGUUUAUAUUCAGCUUGUGGUGAUAGAUACUGAUAGAAGCAUUCAAGGGAAGCUGUAUACAACAGGAGCAGAAGUAGAACCUUAUGCAGUAAAUGUCACUGCACAUUCCAGAAAGUUGUUCAAAGAUGCUGUUCCAUACUUGCUGAAGGAUACUGACCAAUGGUUGUUCUCCCGUUCUUUGGUUUUCAAAGGAUAUAAUGGUGUGAUUGAAAAAGCAGUCCAGUUCCCAUCUUAUGAUCCUACUGAUGACCUACUAGAACUACCCAAGAAUCUAUCCGGUAUUCGUUGUGCAGAGGUCUUCUUGUUCGUUGCUGGGGAUUUCGAUGUGAAAGAGGAUGGCUUGUGCUCCCGUGAUGCUGUGAAAGAACUUCUGCAUGAACUGAAUUCGAAAGAGGGCAUCUCCAAACUACUUGCCUUUGAUGUGGUGGCUGCAAGUGUCGUCAUCUCUAAAGAGAAGUUGGAGGAACUGAAGGAUGUGCAUCUGAAUUCGAUUGCUUGAAAUAUCCGUAGCUGAAUUCUAAAACAAACUUAGCUUUGUUUGCUAAUCUUCAGAUGUGAUGUAUAUAACUAAUGUUUAAGCAACUCGUUAACUGUCGUGACUAGCUGGCCUGGGCUUGGUACUUGAUACUUGGAACUUUGGUAGCUGAUGCAAAAAA